AUGGAUUAUUUGAACGAAACAAUUGAUCCCUCAUGUUUACACGAGCCUCCAUUGGCCCUCGAUGUCAUACAUCAGCUGGAUAUGUUUGGCGUUGCUCUGUACUCUAUCCUCACAUUCAUGGCCAGUGUGUCACUGUUACUGUAUUUGGAGGAGUGUGUAUACAUCUACAAAAACGUUCCAUCCCCAAAGAAGACCACUAUCAUAUGGGUCAAUGGUGCUGCACCAGUCAUUGCUACAAUGUCUUGUCUUGGAAUGUGGAUCCCAAGAGCCACUAUGUUCACAGAUAUGACCUCCAACUCGUACUUUGCAGUUGUAAUCUACAAGGUUCUCAUUCUCAUGCUUGAGGAGUGCGGGGGCGACGAGGCCUUCCUACGGUACUCAGAGAGCCAGAUGUUCCGGAUCAACACGGGACCCUGCUGUUGCUGCUGCCUGUGCCUUCCCAGAGUGCCCGUCACACGGCAGAUGCUGUUCCUGCUAAAGCUGGGGUCUCUUCAGUAUGCCAUUAUGAAAACCGUCCUGUCCAUCUUCUCUGUUGUCUUAUGGACAAAUGGAAACUUUGACCUCUCGGAUCUUGAAAUCACUGGAGCCGCUAUCUGGAUAAACCCAUUCAUAGGAGUCCUGACUCUCAUUUCCCUGUGGCCUGUAGCCAUCAUGUUCAUGAAUAUACGCAACACACUGCGCAGAGUCAAGAUCAUCCCCAAAUAUGCCAUGUAUCAGCUGGUCCUCAUCCUGAGUCAGUUGCAAUCAGCCAUUAUCAGUAUCCUGGCCCUUGAUGGCACCAUCGCCUGUGCACCGCCAUUUUCUUCCAUAGCUCGAGGAUCUAUGUUCAGUCAGCAGCUAAUGAUUAUAGAGAUGUUCAUCGUCACCCUGGUGACCCACAAGCUGUACCGGCGCACAUAUGACCUGAUCACACUGGAUCCCCAUGAGAAUGACAAUGAGCUGAACAAGAUGGUCAAGUUGCACACAGCCUCACUGGAGGAGCAUGUAGCAUGA